AUGGCCUACUAUCCGCAGCCAUGUGACACCUUUUUUGUGGAGUCCCACGAUGAUCGAGGUCGGAGGUACCGGGACGAGAUGCGCGAACAAGAAAGACAGGCCAAAAGGCAGAUACAAUUGACCAUUGCCGAGCAGCUCUCCGAGAUAGCUAGCCACGAGUAUCGAUAUGACCAUUUGAUACAGAUGGAGAAGUUGGAGUGGGAAACUUUACCAGACGUCGCAUCAAUCGACAUACAGACAGAGAUACAGUGGUACAUGAGACCAUACUUGCUUGACUUCUUAGUUGAAGCUCAUGCAGCCUUCGGUCUCAUUCCAGAGACGUUCUUUCUAGCUAUAAAUUUACUCGAUCGAUACUGUUCGAGGCGAAUCGUCUACAAGAAGCACUACCAGCUUGUCGGCUGUGCGGCACUGCUCAUCGCUUCGAAGUACGGUGACAGAAAAGACAGAGUCCCCCAAAUCAAGGAGCUAAAAAGCAUGUGUUGCGGGCUUUAUGAAGACGACAUGUUCGUCCAAAUGGAAUGGCACGUCUUGCAGACAUUGAAUUGGGCUAUCGGGCAUCCAACCAUCGACGGCUUCAUCCAAACUGCUGUCGAGCACCUCCAGUACGAUCCUGAAGUCGAACACAUGGCUUGUUACAUCGCAGAGAUCGCCAUGUAUCAAAGAGAUUUCAUAGGGAAACGACCAUCGGAUAUGGCUCGGGCAUCUCUUGCUUUAUCAAGAUCUAUUCUAAGCCGGCCUCAAGAACAUGCCACAGAAUGGGCUGGCCAGUACGAGCCACAGACGCUGAUGCUACUAUCACAACAGCUUCACCGGCCUUCAAAAAUUCUAUCACGCAAGUAUGCUACGGUACACUUCUCCCGAGUGGCACUGAUACUCGAUGACUUCCUCGCAAGGCAGAUUGAGAUGCAGAAAUUCAUUAAUCCUCCUCCUACACCACCGGCUGAAGCCCGUAAAGAUGAAUUUAGCGAACCUGCCUGCAAGGACGCGCCGCAAACUCCUAGUAAGAUUAAGAAGAUACCGAUGUACAACAACGGCUGCCCGACGCCCCCAGAUACGCCUACCAACCAGGAAUACUUUUCCAACAAGCUUGCUGCCGUGGAGCCUGCACGUCCACCAACCCCUGCCAGCAUUGAAUGCUAUCAUUAUCGAUCGAACGUGACCCUACCCCCGAUAAGUUCCCUUCCGACGGAGGUUUUCUGA